UUCACGUUCAUCACUCAAUACACUGAAGACGCACGAAAAUGCUGAAUGCUAAUAUUUUAUUCGCAUUGGUUUGUGGAUUGGUUUUUACUCUKGUAAACUGUGGUCCUGUGGUUCAACGCGAUCAAACUAACGACGAGCAAGACGCCGGUGACAUCCUGGGCUCAAUUAUCAAAAUCAAUGAAGAGGAAGACUUAAACUUGUUUGAAGGAGACAUUGUGUUGUCUCCUCACGACCGCGUCGACCAACGUGACACAGGAGACGUAGACGGACCACUUGAUUCUAGUCAGCGCAAGCGAAACGCUGAGCGAUCAAGACUGGGUAUUUGGAAGAAUAAAGUUAUUCCUUACGAAAUCUUGCAUCCUGCUGAGAAGCUCAAGGACAUCUCGACUGCUAUAACUGAGGCCAUUGAAGAAUUUCACAAACAUACUUGUCUACGAUUCGUACAGCGCACCAAUGAAGACAACUGGAUCAAAUUUGUCGACAAACCAGGCUGUAGUUCGCCAGUAGGUAUGCAGUACCAACAAAAGGGUAUUGGACAAGAAGUAAAACUUGGUAACGGCUGUCACAAUAAAAAGACGGUCAUGCACGAGCUUCUUCAUGCUAUUGGCUUUUGGCACGAGCAAUCUAGACCUGAUAGGAACCAAUAUGUGGAGGUCAUGUGGGAAAAUGUUGUCCCAGGAAAAGAACACAACUUUAACAAAUACAGUCAUGGAAAAAUUGAUUCACUGAAGCAGACUUACGAUUGGAACAGUUUAAUGCACUACGGCAGAAAUUAUUUUAGUAAAAAUGGUAAACCAACCUUGCGGGGCUUAGGAUCAAAGAAAGAUGCAACACUUGGGAAUACCAAAGGUUUUUCAAAGACUGACAUCUUUGAAAUCAACGCUUUGUACGACUGCAAGGGCUCGAAUGCUGGUUGGAGCAAAUGGAGUGACUUUGGUCCUUGUAAUGGAUUGUGCAUAAAAAUUCGUGAGCGAUUCUGCUCUUCUACUGAUAGAACCAAUUGCCCCGGGGCAAAUGAUAAUGGCAUAGAAACACAGAGAAAGAGUUGUCCUGACAGCGAAUGCAAUGCUCCUGUAGAUGGUCAUUGGGGACGCUGGUCUUCUUGGAGUCAAUGCAGCGCAACCUGUGGACUUGGUGUUCAGAAAAGGGCACGGUUAUGCGAUGAUCCAUCGCCAGCAAACAAAGGCAAACCAUGUCCUAAAGAAAAGGGGGRAGAACAAAGAAACUGUCAACUUAAAAGCUGUGGUUUAGRUCCAUUUGAUUGCGAGUUCGAAACUGAUAUGUGCUCAACGUGGGAGAAUGGUGGAAAUGCUGAGAAAUAUGUCUGGUCUCGCAGAGAAGGCCCAACACCAAGCAGAAAAUGGAAGAGUGGACCAAGUGGAGACGUUUCUUUGAACCAAAAUGGAAAAGGUUAUUACGUUUAUGCUGAGGCGUCAAAACCAGCGCAAGAAAAUGAUGUAGCAAAGCUUCAAAGCAAGGUGUUCUCUGCUGCUCCAAAUGGAAAGUGUGUUAUGCAGUUUGCUUACAGCAUGUAUGGGGUCCAAAUGGGAGCUUUAAAUGUCUACAUUAUCAACGUCAAAUCUGGAGAAAAAUCGAAGUUAUUUUCGAAGUCUGGUAACCAAGGAAAAGAUUGGCAUAGAGCGGCUGCAGCUAUUGUCAGCAAGAACGACUACAAGAUUUCGUUCGAAGCUACGCGUGGAAAUGGCUUUAAGGGUGAUAUAGCACUCGAUGAUAUCAUGUUUAAAGGCGAUGAAUGUCCCGUUAAACAAGACAAUUACAAGAGCUUGGGAUGUUUUAAAGACAAAGGCUCAAGACCUUUCCCUAAAUUGAUUGCAAACUACAGGGGUAAAAUUGACUGGUAUGACCUAAAGACGUCUGUUAUCGACAAGUGUGUUGAUAAGGCCCGUGAGCUUGGGUACAAGUAUUUUGCAAUCCAGUAUUAUGGUGAAUGCUGGAGUGGCCCUGAUGCUGUCGUGGGCGUGAAGUACAACAAAGAUGGUCCGUCUACAACAUGUUGGAACGGUGUUGGUGCAGCAUGGUCAUUUAUGGCAUAUCAAGUGAUUGAGCGCAAGUAUGAAAAAGGAAAGACUAUCAGAGUGAACGGUUCGAAGGACGGCUGGAGCAAGUGGAGUAGCUAUGGCCCUUGCAAUCAAAAGUGUGAGAAAGUUCGCGAGAGAUUCUGCUCUUCGAAUGAUAGGAAUAAGUGUCCUGGAGUGGAUAAUUAUGGUAUACAAAAACAGACACUGAAAUGUCCUGAAAAAGAAUGCUAUGCUCCUGUAGAUGGUCAUUGGGGACGCUGGUCUUCUUGGAGUCAAUGCAGCGCAACCUGUGGACUUGGUGUUCAGAAAAGGGCACGGUUAUGCGAUGAUCCAUCGCCAGCAAACAAAGGCAAACCAUGUCCUAAAGAAAAGGGGGRAGAACAAAGAAACUGUCAACUUAAAAGCUGUGGUUUAGRUCCAUUUGAUUGCGAGUUCGAAACUGAUAUGUGCUCAACGUGGGAGAAUGGUGGAAAUGCUGAGAAAUAUGUCUGGUCUCGCAGAGAAGGCCCAACACCAAGCAGAAAAUGGAAGAGUGGACCAAGUGGAGACGUUUCUUUGAACCAAAAUGGAAAAGGUUAUUACGUUUAUGCUGAGGCGUCAAAACCAGCGCAAGAAAAUGAUGUAGCAAAGCUUCAAAGCAAGGUGUUCUCUGCUGCUCCAAAUGGAAAGUGUGUUAUGCAGUUUGCUUACAGCAUGUAUGGGGUCCAAAUGGGAGCUUUAAAUGUCUACAUUAUCAACGUCAAAUCUGGAGAAAAAUCGAAGUUAUUUUCGAAGUCUGGUAACCAAGGAAAAGAUUGGCAUAGAGCGGCUGCAGCUAUUGUCAGCAAGAACGACUACAAGAUUUCGUUCGAAGCUACGCGUGGAAAUGGCUUUAAGGGUGAUAUAGCACUCGAUGAUAUCAUGUUUAAAGGCGAUGAAUGUCCCGUUAAACAAGACAAUUACAAGAGCUUGGGAUGUUUUAAAGACAAAGGCUCAAGACCUUUCCCUAAAUUGAUUGCAAACUACAGGGGUAAAAUUGACUGGUAUGACCUAAAGACGUCUGUUAUCGACAAGUGUGUUGAUAAGGCCCGUGAGCUUGGGUACAAGUAUUUUGCAAUCCAGUAUUAUGGUGAAUGCUGGAGUGGCCCUGAUGCUGUCGUGGGCGUGAAGUACAACAAAGAUGGUCCGUCUACAACAUGUUGGAACGGUGUUGGUGCAGCAUGGUCAUUUAUGGCAUAUCAAGUGAUUGAGGUUUGA